CGUGUGGAGUAAUUAUGGUGCAUGGCCCAUGUUUCAUCCGGGUCUGGAGCCAAAGAAACAUUUGAAUAAAUAACACAGGGUCACUCCUUCCUCUUGCGGGUUCAGAGAAUGGCUCCAUCGUGGCAUUCCACACUCCAAUAAAGUCCCACAUCCAAGAUGGCUUACCACCAUCAUGACCACACCAACCGGAAAUCCCUUUUGGACACCCUAUACUGCUCCGAAGCAGAGGAGGACUACGGUCAUUUCCUAAACAACUCCUCCCCUGCGUCCCCUCCUUUCUUGCUCCAAAGCGACAUGUUUUCGGACGAACAAGAGUUGACAUCGCUGCUGGGGAAAGAACACCACAACCCUCUAAGCACCUGUCUCCAAACCAACCCUGCCUUGGACUUUGCUCGCCGGGAAGCCGUGGAGUGGAUGCUCAAAGUCAACUCCCAUUACUCUUUCUCUGCUCUCACCGCUGUUCUUUCGGUCAACUACUUUGACCGUUUUCUCUUCAGCUUCCGCUUUCAGAAUGACAAGCCAUGGAUGGUUCAGCUCGCUGCCGUCGCUUGCCUCUCCAUCGCUGCCAAAGUUGAGGAGACGCACGUUCCCUUUCUUAUUGACCUUCAACAAGUGGAUGAGAGUAGAUACUUGUUUGAAGCCAAAACUAUUAAAAAGAUGGAGAUUUUGGUCCUUUCCACUCUUGGAUGGAAGAUGAACCCCCCAACCCCUCUCUCGUUUCUUGAUUACUUCACAAGAAGGCUUGGAUCGAAGGAUCAUCUCUGCUGGGAGUUCCUCAGCAAGUCUCAAGGCGUUCUUCUCUCCCUCCUUGGAGAUUCGAGGUUUAUGAGUUAUCUACCUUCUGUAUUGGCAACUGCUACGAUGAUGCACGUUGUGAAAAGCGUGGAGCCUGGUCUAGAAGCUGAAUACAAGAGCCAGCUCUUUGGUAUUCUCAGAAUCGACAAGGAGAAGCCUGAGAAGGUGAAUUCUUGUUGCAAGCUGUUGUUGGAGGUGUGGUCAGGGUACGAGGAGGAGGAGCAGGAGCAGGGGAAGCAAUGCAUGAAACGCAAGUUUGGAAUAGGGUCGAUUCCUGGAAGCCCAAACGGCGUGAUGGAUGUGUCGUUUAGCUGUGAUAGUAGCUCCAAUGACUCUUCGGUCUCUUCCUCACCGGAACCUUUGUCAAAGAAGAGUAGAAGUGAAGAACAAGAGCAGCUUCUUCUACCAAACCCAAACCAUUCCAACUCAGAUUUUCUCCAUCGCCUUUAAUGUCAACUCUUUUAUGGAAAACAUAUAUAGGCUUUCCCCUGUUUUAAUAACCCUGUAUCUUUCGUUUGUUUCUCUUUUUGACGAACAAGUUAAAUUGCCAACCAUCUCUGCGUAGCGCUACUUCCCCACUUCCAUUCAUGAAUCAUUAAUUAAUGGAAUUAGAUUAGACCUUCCGCGAAACCUAAGCAGAGAUUGUUGGCAUUUUAUGAGGAACAAAUUUAUAAAAAUUUAAUAAUAAUAAUAAUAAUAGUAUAUAUGAAGAAGAACAUGAGCAUUUUCAUGGACCAAAGUGUAUUUGUUGUCUUUUUCUUUUUACAUUAUCUUUUAUGUGACAAGACAAAUCCUUAUUAUCAAGCCGUGCGAAUUCGAAUUGAAAAACACUUGUUUAGAGGGAAAGCAGCUAGGUGGGUUGUUUGUGGUAGCUGUGCUGGUUAUUAACGUUGAAAUUGAACAUGCGAAAGGAAGUAAGUUGCGUUCAAAGAUUUACGGGAAUGAAUUUUUGUUUUGCUUAUGAGGGGAGAAACAUUGUCGGCCACCGGCACAUAUUGAAAUGAAAUGACUGAUUAUUUAUUGGA